AGAUCACACAUUCUCUAAAAAUGGCCCCAACUACCGUUAUCGCUGACAACAACUGCAAUGAAGAAAGUAGCAACAGUUUUGAAAUGGAAAUUGAAGCGGAAUCUGCAAUUCUUGAGCAGAUUCAGAACAAGAUGGCAAAGAAUCUGGAAUCUGCAGCAUAUGUUCCACCAACAGAAGAAGAGCAAAAGGCAAUUGAUGCCAAGUCUGUAUUCAUUGGAAAUGUAGAUUUUAACUCUACAAUUGAAGAAGUUGAAGAGCACUUCAAAGGCUGUGGACACAUUGUGAGAACUACAAUUCCAAAGGACAAAUUCACGAAAAAACAGAAAAAUUUUGCAUACAUUGAAUUCGAUGACUCAUCCAGCAUUGAAAAUGCACUUGUAAUGAAUGGAUCAUUGUUCAGAAGCAGACCAAUUGUGGUCACUGCCAAAAGAACAAAUAUUCCUGGAAUGGGACAUGGUGUACGUGGAUCAUCAAGAGGAACCUUCGGAAGAGGACGUGGAGCUGCUCGCGGAGCACCAGGAAGACAACAGACAGUCGUUGUCAAGUAUGUCUAUGUAAAUGGUCCAAAUCGGGGAGGACGUGGUGGAAGAGGACGUCGAUUCAAUCCAUACUAGAGCCAGAGAUUCGUAAUCUGUAAUUUAAUAAGUUUUUAAAUGUUUUCAUUACUUUACAAUAAUUUUUUUCUUUCAUAAUAAUAAAGUUUCCUUUCUAAAA